CCGGCGACCACCAUGAAGGGACGCAUGCCAAGGGCGAUGAUGCAGGGGAACGUCACCACCCCACCCGCGCUCUUAUAGCUCGCAUCUGCACUGAACUACGACCACCUGAACGAACGCACUACCAUCCAUUCUCACAACCACCUGAACGAACACAAACCCACCCACCACCACUCUAACGAACACAAACCCACCCACCACCCAAGCCACACCCACCACCCAAACCGCCGACCAUGGAUUUCCUGAACAGCCUCAACAAGAACAAGUCCUCCGAGCAGUCGCAGCACUCGAGCGGCGGCGGCGGCUUCAUGGACAAGAUCAACAACGGGCUCGGCGGCGGGCAGUCGGGGGAGAAGAAGGAGGACGCGCUUGAUAAGGGCGUCGACUGGGUGCAGGAGCACGUCCUGGGCCAGGGCCCGCAGACGAACGAAUCCGCGCUUGAGCAGGCGAAGGACGAGCAGAUCUCGGACGCGAUCCGCCGCGGGUACAAGAGCACGACAGGGCGCGACUUCCCGGUCGAGGAUAAGUCGUAAGGGGGAAGAGUACGAUCGAUGGGUCGUAGAUGGAGGGGGGAGGGGGCGGACGAUGGAGGGGGAGGAGGAAGGAUUACGAUGAGGGAAGAACAUGACGCGAGCGAGGAAGAGGGGGUUUGACGACGAGAGGAAGAAUGAAUGACGG